GUCAAGGGACCCAAGAAGAUUUUCCCUGAUCUUCCAUUUGGAAACCCAGAUAUUGACAAGGUGGAAGUUCGAAAAGGACAGCUGGAUACCUUUCUUAAAGUAGGAAUUGAAUUGUUUAUCUAAGAAGAUGAAUAACUUCCUGAUUUGUAUGUUUUUGAUAUGUGACUGUUGCGUAGUAAUCUGAUCACUCCGCUUUCGUUUCCUCCAGCAACUGUGCACCAUCCCUGAGACGGCCAACAGCGACGAGAUGCAGGAGUUCCUGGCUCUUCACACAGACGCCAGCACAGCCUUUGAGAAGAAACCAUUUGUUAUGUCCAGGAUUGAUAAGGUGACUUAUCGUUUUCAGUGUCACAACUUUCCGGUUAUGAAAUAAAAACAGUGCAUGAUAACUUGACCUAAAAACAUGAAAAGUGAGAGAUAAUGGGAGAAAGGAGAAGAUGUGGUUUCUGGUGACCUGUUUUUUCUGAAGCUAACCGUGGUGCUGUGUUUGUGCUGUGUCCUCCUGGGCCUGGUUGUUGGCGUCUACUGUAGAUGAUGGCAAAUGCUGUAGACACUCUGAAGACAGCAUUCCCUCGUUCUGAGGAUGACCUGGAUGGAGACCCUGCUGAUGGGAGGAAUGCCCCAGAAGGAAGGAAGAGGUGGGAGUCUCUCUAUUUUUCUCUCUCUCUCUCGCUCUCUCUUCCCACUCUCUCUCUUUCUCUGACUGUCACAAAUAUGUACAGCCUGGCCAAAGCUUUUCACUAUCAUGUCUCUCUUGAAAUACUCAUUAAAACAUCUGUAAACCACUUGCUGUAGUUUUCAAUUCAAAUAUGAAAUUGAAAGCUGCUUUAGGAAAAAUUAAGUUAUUUGUGACUGCUUACAUAACAUUAAAUUCAAACUAUCUUGUUUUGUGUAAUGUGUUUGUUAAUUGUUGCUUGUUGUGUCAGGUCUGUCCGGCUGAGGUUCUCCAGUAAAGUUGCCCCUACUCUUAACAUACCUGAUAUCCAGCCCAAAGUCAUAUACUGCUUCAAUGAAGGCAGCACUGUAAGUUAACCAUGGAAGUUUCAUAUCAAUGAGUAUGAAUAAUAAUUUAAUAUUAAUGUAAUCAAACUGUCUGUUUGAGUGCACUCACUCACUCAUUCACUCAACCCGCCGAUCCAUCCAUCCAUCCAUCUAUUAAUUCACUCAUUCAUCCCUGUGCCCUGGUCUGUUUCUGCAGGUGUUCCAUGACCUGUCCCUGUCUGGUCUGGAGGGCUUUAUAAAGGACCAGGAGGCUCUGCUCUAUGCUCCCCAGGAGAAGGAGGCUGACAGGAGGAGGUUCAGCGUGCCACCUGUCAAAGACAGGAAGGGAGGUGGGGGUCGGGAGAGAAAACUACGGGGGACAGGUACAGUUUUUCUAACGUCUACACGGGCCUGCAUUAUCAACCAUUAUUCUCUUACAUGAAGGACUGUCAUACAGUUGACUAAAUAUAUAAGGACCGUCUCAGUGCAAAAACAGACAUUAUUAUCAUAAUUAUUAACUUUCCAAAUUAGAUCAUCUAUGAGCAUACUCCACUCAGUAAUGGCCAGGAGGAGGUAGUAGUAACCUUGCACAGCCUCUGUAGGCCAGUACCACACCACUGUUUUAAUGAAGCAGUGUUUACUAUCUAUCUGAGGCUAUCUGUCUCUGUCUGCCUUUCUGUUAUUCGUGUUUCAGAAUCAUGUCCCAGUAUUUGAAUCUUCUUAGCAAGUUUUGUGUCUGUUUUGUAUCUGUUGCAUGCGUGUGUGCUUGUAUGUGUGAAUCUGACUGUGCUGUGUGUUUGUGCAGACACGGCCGUGGCAGAUGUAGCUCUGAACAUCCUGUGUCUGCUGAUGAAGGAGCAGUGGAGCUGGCUGUGUACUGAGAACAUCCAGAAGACCAUCAGACUGCUGUUUGGCACCUUCAUUGAG